AUGGCCAUUUCAAAAAUAAAAUGGUUCUUUAUUGUAUUUGGUACGGUUUAUUUUUUGGAAUCAAUCGGAGGAUUUUAUAUGACAAGUGCAGUUGUAUUCAUCGAAAAACAAUUUCAAAUACCAUCUCGUUUGAGUGGAACAAUGGUAUCAGCUGGUGACUUUGCCUACAUUCCAGUCGUCAUUUUCACAAGUUAUUUCGGUGGAAAAGGAAAUCGUGCUCGAUGGAUUGGAGCCGGCUGUAUUCUGAUUUCAAUCGCCAACUUUAUGAUUGCCAGUAGUAAUUUCUUGUUCCCAGUAGAACACGCGAAUGUAACUACACAUAUUCCAAGUGCAUUGGCUCAUCAGAUUGAUAGGAAUCUAGUGAAUGGAGGUUUCAACUACACAGAGCAUCAGUGGCUAGAGCAACUUCAUCCAUUAAUUGAUCCAGAGAACAAAGUUGUCAUGAAUUAUAUAGGAGAUGAAAAGUCGGACCUUCUUCAAAAAUACAUAGAAUACUGUCAUUAUCAUAAAGGGUCAGACAUUUGUGCGAGACUCGAAAAGGAAAUUGCUCAAAAGUUCCCAAUGACUGAUGCCAAAAUGUCAAACGUCCGUGCCAUGGUUGCCCUCCCUUACGGAUUCUGUCAUUCCAUGCUCAAUUUUGUACGAUCUCAACACUAUGCAUGCAAGAAAGAUCAAUCAACAUUGGGUCCAUUUAUGAUGAUUUUUGGAGGUCUUCUGGUUCUUGGAGUCGGACGAACUAUGCCAUUUUCUCUUGGGCUUCCACUGAUGGACGAUAAUGUUAAAAAACAGAAUCUUCCACUUUAUUUUUGUUAUUCUUUUUUAGCAUUCAUGUUCUUCGUCAAAAUUCUUGGUCCAGUCAUUGGUCUUCUUGUUGGAGGGCAGUUGAACAAGUUGUAUGUGGAUUUCAAUCCUCCUCAAGGACUGACACCUCUGGACCCGAUGUGGAUCGGGUGCUGGUGGCUUGGAUUCCUGAUCUUUGGUACUCUUCUCUUUGGUCCAUCGGUCGUUCUCUAUUUCUUCCCAUCUGACGAUCUUGAUAUAAAUGCUCCAGACGAGUUAGAUGACGAAGGUAAUGUGAAACAACGCAAGCGUCUGAAUCUGGUGGAUCGCCACAUCAAAAAAGAUGAGCAAGGAAAUGCACUGAUGCCAGAAACUGUUAAGGAUAAAGUUAACGACUUCAAGGAAACAAUCACAAAUCUUAUGAAAAAUAAAAUCUUCGUCGGUGCAAUGUUCGGAAGAAUCAUUGACGUUUUGGCUUUCAAGGGAUAUUUUGUUUUUCAAGCGAAAUACUUGGAACUUCAGUUCGGAGUUCCACAAUACCGAAUUCAGAGAUACAUUGCCAGUACUGGAAUUGUCGGAUUUGCAUGCGGAGUUAUGCUCGGAAGUGUUUCAAUGAAAUAUUUCAAACUGCAAGGAAGAAAAGCAGCUGCUUGGGUCGCAGUCUGCAGUUUGGUUGCUGCUCUCAUUUCAUUUGCUAAUGGAACCGUUGGAUGUAAAUCAGUUAUUGGUCAAAUCGGGGAUCAAAUAAAAUUGAAUGGACCAGUGUUUGAUGGAUGUAGAGAUGAUUGUAUGUGUGAAAAUGUUCCGUUGUAUCCUGUAUGUGAUGUGAAUGGAAAUGCUCACUACUCUCCAUGUCAUGCCGGAUGCGCAAUGGGAUGGAAAAACUACAGUAUCUUUGACAAUGCGAAGGCAAAUGUGGACACGCUGAUCUUCGAAAACUGUGCAUGUGUCGAGAAUAAAGUAAAGGAAGUCAGCAGAUCGUACUGUAGAACUGAUGAAUGUGAAGAAAGAUUCGGACGAUUCUUCAUGCAUCAAGCAUUUGGAGCAAUCUUCGGUGGUCUCGGGGUGGUUCCAGGAAUGUUGAUUGUCCUGAGAGCAGUUCCCCCAGAGCAUCGAAGUGUUUCUCUGGGAUUCAAUGGAUUCCUUGUCAGUCUUCUGGCAACACUUCCAUCUCCUAUCAUUUGGGGUAAAAUCAUUGAUAUGUCGUGUCUUCUUUGGCAAAAAGCAUGCGACGUUCGUUUCUUCUAUUCAGAUUCGGUUUUGGAAAUUGACUUUUUCAGACUGCACGUCAUCUAUGGGUGUCUUCGAAUCUUCUCUCUCAUAUCUGACGUUUGGGUAUGGUACUGGGCAAGUGGACUCAAACUGAUUGAAGAGGAAACACCAGAAGAAAAAGAAAAAGAAGAAGCAGAGAAAUUGAAUCCAAAACGAAAGGAAAGUUUUAAAGAAGCUGCAGAGAAAGUGGAGAAAACUGCAUACGAGUUGGAUCAAUUGAUUGAUCAACGAGGAUCUUAA